AUGCGCCAGUUACUGGCGGCCCUUCUCUUCUUGUGCCUCGCUGCUUUCGGCACGGCUGCGGACUACCAUGAGCAGCUGAACCUCCGGCCACUGCCCCUUUCCGCCCUGCUGGCGAGCUUCAACUUCCGGUCCAACACGUCGCUGGCUGACUUCGAGUCGCAAAACUUCCGCUACUUUCCCCGUUCGCUCGGACAGAUUCUGCAAUAUGCCGGCACUCGCGAACUGCACUUGAGGUUUAGCUUGGGACGAUGGGACGCUGAAAGCUGGGGAAGCCGGCCUUGGGAUGGUCAGCGGGAGGGCGGAACAGGCGUGGAGCUGUGGGCUUGGCUGGAGGCAGAGACGGAUGAGGAAGCCGAUCAGAAGUGGUUGACCCUCACCAAUGCCCUCUCGGGUCUCUUCUGCGCAUCUCUGAACUUCGUUGACGGAACACGAACCACGCGACCGGUCAUGUCAUUCCAGCCCGAGGGCGACCACCCUGAAGCCUCCAUACCGAAUAUGCAGCUUCUGCACGGCGUCCUCCCGAAGGAGGUCGUCUGCACGGAGAACCUGACGCCUUUCUUGAAGCUGCUUCCGUGCAAGGGCAAGGCGGGCAUCUCGAGCUUACUCGACGGCCACAAGUUGUUCGACUCCUCCUUCCAGAGCAUGGCCAUCGACAUCAAGCCUGUGUGCCCCGAGGGACAGGAGUGCGUUCUACAGAUCGAGCAAACAAUCGACAUGGUUCUGGAUAUCGACCGCUCCAAGCGACCCAGAGACAAUCCGAUUCCCCGCCCUCCUCCCGGUCACGAGCUCAAGUGCGACACAUCGAAGCCUUACCACUCAGACGAUACAUGCUAUCCUAUCAGUCACAGCCUCGGCCAAGACUGGACUUUGUUCCAGUUGUUCGGGAAGACAGUCAAGGGGGUCUGCCCUUUGACUGACGAGGACGUGCCCCCGGUGUGUAUUGAAGUCCCCCAUUCGAGGGGAGUCUUCACGUCUGGAGGUGCUACAGAGAUCCUCAAUCCCAACGGAGUAUCGCGGUGCUUUAAGUUCGGUCAUGAAUCGGAGUUGGAGAUUGUUUUGCCUCUUGAGAAUAAAGAAGGCCACGACGCUGCGGACGAGCUUGUUGAGCCGGCGACCCCUCUGAUUUACGCCGAGCGAAGUUUCACCGGCCAUGGGCAGGAGCAUGGUGGCAUGCAGGCCAUUCUGACAAACCCCAGCAAGGACACCGAAGUGGAGUUCAUUUACAUGGAAUCUCUGCCUUGGUUCAUGAGGGUCUAUCUGCAUACCCUCAACGCUAGGAUCGAGGGCUCAGCUGGCUCUCAGCCGUCCAUCAUCGAGGACAUUUACUACCGUCCAGCCGUGGAUCGCGCCAGGGGCACACAGCUCGAGCUGCGCAUGCGCAUUCCUCCCGCCUCCACAGUCUUCCUUACCUAUGACUUUGAGAAGUCCAUUCUGCGAUACACCGAGUACCCUCCUGACGCAAACCGCGGCUUCGACAUUGCCGCUGCCGUCAUUACCACUCUCAGCCCGCGCACACAAAGCACGCGGACAACGACCCUGCUGCUGAACCUCCCAACACCGGAUUUCAGCAUGCCCUACAAUGUCAUCAUUUUCACAUCAACAGCGAUCGCCCUCGCUUUCGGCGGCAUGUAUAAUAUCUUAGUCCGGAGACUUGUCGGCGCCGAUGAAGGCCCGAGCCCGGUGCUCAAAGCCAAGUUAGGUCGGCUUUUGGGCAAGCUCAAGGGAAGAGUGUCGGGAAAGAAAUGA